CGAAUGGAGUAAGAUGUCGUGAAGUUCUGAACUGCAGACAGCUGAAGGAUACUUUCAAACGAGUGCUUGGGCCGUUCUGGAAGGACCUUAUCUGUAAAUCAAAGCCAUGGGCAAGGAUUACUAUAAAAUCCUGGGCAUUCCGACAGGCUCCAAUGAGGAUGAAAUCAAAAAGGCCUACAGAAGGAUGGCCCUGAAGUUCCAUCCGGACAAAAACAAAGAUCCUAAUUCUGAAGAACAGUUCAAGGAGAUUGCAGAGGCCUAUGAAGUUCUGAGUGACCCAAAGAAGAGAGUCAUCUAUGACCAGUACGGGGAGGAUGGUUUGAAAACAGGUGGGGCAGGCUCAUCUUGUGGACAAGGGACUACAUAUCACUACACCUUCCAUGGAGAUCCACAUGCCACAUUUGCUUCUUUUUUUGGAGGCUCCAAUCCCUUUGAUAUAUUCUUUGGAUCUGGACGUCAGCGGGGAACCACUAAUGGCUUUGCAGACCAUGGCGAUCAUGACAUGGACAUUGACAUGGAUGGAGAUGAUGAUCCUUUCAGUU